AUGGUCGCUCCAAGGAGAGUUACUCUCAAGACCGCUUUGAUCAACCUCCUACCUAAGUUCCAUGGACUUCUUGUACAAGACCCUAUUCGACAUCUCAAAGAUUUUCAUCGUAUAUGCUCAACAACUAGACGAGAAGGAUCCGAUGAAGUUGCUAUAGGGUUGUUUGCUUUUCCUUUCUCUCCUGAGGACAAGGCUAAAGAAUGGUUCUACACUCUAUCUAAUGAAGUCACUUCGGAUUGGGACUUGCUUAGAAGAGGGUUUUUGGAUAAAUUCUUGCCCCUGGAAAAGAUGGAUAGGCUAAGGAAGGAAAUGUCAUGCAUUGUACAAAGUGAAACGGAACCACUAUAUGAGUAUUGGGAACGGUUUUGUAAGCUACUAGACGCAUGCCCUAAUCACAUGAUUGACACUCAAGUGUUGCUUGUAUACAUAUGCCAAGGGAUGCGGGAACAAGAUAGAACUCUCUUGGACACCUCUAGCAAUGGUUCUUUGUCUAAAUAUAAAACAGCGGAAGAGGCAUGGCAACUUAUCAUUGACUUAGCCGAAUCCAAUCAACAUGUUAGACGAAGAGUCAACCGCCCAAAAACCGUGAAUGAGGUAUCAACUAGUAGCGAGACUACCGCUCUAACCAAAUCCUUCAGCGAAAUGACAUCCAUCCUAAAGCAACUCCAAUUGAACCAACAACAACCGCAACAACAACAACAACCAUAUCAACAUCAACCUCCACCACCCCCUCAACAACACAAUCAACAAUUGGUUCCUCAGAAAGUGUGUGGAAUUUGUUCUUGCUAUUUCCACUACACAGAUGAGUGCCCAAGUCUUCAAGAAAACAACACUUUGGCAGCUACUCACAAUUUCUAUGACCGCCCAAAUCAAGGAUACUACCAAGGCGGUAAUCCUAACCAAGGGUACCCCUAUCAAGGAGGAACCUACAAUCAAGGGAGUGACAAUUACAAUCAAAAUUGGAGGGACAAUCAUUAA